AUGUCGACCUCAAGAGAAGGUCCAAAUCCGUUAAGGCCAUAUUAUGUUCCACCUUCUAUUGGAAUACCUCAAGAAAUACCCAUCACAACUUCUGGAACUCAUGGAGUAGGAUUAAAAAAUGGGAGUGCAGCAUCCUAUGCAUCUUCCGCUCGAGAUAUCUUCUCAGAUAUCGACUACAGUGACUACUUAUCGGAUACCUCACCAUCUACCAUUGAUUCCCUUCAGAAAUUCAUCAAUGAGACUUUCACCAAUUAUGCAGGGAUAUUAUGCGGGCAACCGUUUGAGAUUGCCAAAACCGUGCUGCAAGUGAAGAGUCAGGAUGUCGAGGAUGAGACAACGCCAGCAGUUGUAGUGGAGAAAAUAAAAAGACCUCCCUCAGAUUACAACGAGAAUUACCCCUCCGACGACUCUGAUGCGGACGAGACCGCUUACUUUACAUCGGCGGCACCCCCUGCGAAAUCAUUCUCCCCAUCGAGGCGACGUUAUAGCAGUGAGGGUUCUGAGUGGGAGGACAAAUCCACUCCUAAAGCAACCUCGCCAAAACCAAAACCAGCACACCAACUGAUCCUCAAGCGAUCAGAUUCUAUAAUGGAGGUGAUAUCACAAGAAUGGUCAAAGGAGGGAGCUUGGGGUGUAUGGAAGGGGUCCAAUGCAACAUUCAUAUACGGCUUUCUACUGAAGACUAUGGAAAGUUGGUUAAGUAGCAUGAUAUCGGCGGGUUUGAACAUACCGGACCCUGGGCUCGCAACACUGGGAGUACAAGUUGAUGUAGCUGGUUCUCCUAAUCCGUGGACAUCCUUGAGUGUAGCAAUAGUAGCAGCUGCUACUGCGGGACUUAUUCUUGCCCCACUGGAUCUCGUACGGACAAAGUUAAUUCUCACCCCAACUUCGGAUCCUAAACGAUCGCUCACCCACAACCUAAACACCCUUCCCUCCUAUAUAUGUCCUCCUUUACUCCUCGUCCCAACCAUUCUCCACUCCAUAAUUAAACCCACUAUUUCCCAUUGCACUCCACUGCUCCUUCGAACCCGUUUAGCCAUCGAUCCUAUCAUUACCCCCACGAGCUACACAACUUUCACAUUCCUCGCUCAAACACUCGAAAUCUUCAUCCGUCUACCCAUUGAAACCGUUCUACGUCGCGGACAAGCGGCGGUGCUAACCUCGCUCCAAUAUAACGAAGCGCAGGACCUUAAAACAAUCGUGGAUAUUGGUCCAUACAAUGGUGUAGUAGGCACAAUGUGGUCGAUUACCCGAGAAGAGGGCGAAUCAUCUGGUCCGGAACCCAUUGCCAGUGUAGGCACAGCAAAACCAUCAAGGAAAGUCAAGAAACUGCAAAAGAGGGGACAGGGGAUUGAGGGACUAUGGAGAGGGUGGAGAGUUGGAGUAUGGGGCUUAGUAGGUAAGUAUGGGAGUAAGGCCAUGAGUGGUGUUGGGAGCACUGAAGGAGAAUUUUGA